UUUUCAUUCGCUCCUCUGCGUUUAUCUCCAGCCUUAGACUCUUUGUUUUUUUUUUUUUUUUUUCCUUUCUCAAAUCUAAGCUUAACUGUAACCAUGGCUGACAGAGGCGCAGGAGAAAGGGGAGCUUUUCGCCGCGGCUUCGGCGGUCCAUCUCGUGGCGAUCGCGGAGGCAGAGGCCGCCGUCGUGCGCGCCGUGACGAGGAGGAGAAGUGGGUUCCAGUAACCAAACUGGGCCGCUUGGUGAAGGAUGGAAAGAUCAGAAGUCUAGAGCAAAUUUACCUGCAUUCUCUUCCGAUCAAGGAGCACCAGAUCAUCGACACUCUCGUCGGUCCAUCCCUCAAGGAUGAGGUCAUGAAAAUCACCCCUGUCCAGAAACAAACUCGGGCUGGGCAGCGAACCCGAUUCAAGGCCUUUGUCGUCGUAGGCGACGGGAAUGGCCACGUCGGUUUGGGAGUUAAGUGCUCGAAGGAGGUUGCUACUGCCAUUCGUGGCGCUAUCAUAUUGGCUAAGUUGUCAGUGAUCCCCGUGAGGAGAGGAUAUUGGGGUAACAAGAUCGGAAAGCCACACACUGUGCCCUGUAAGGUCACUGGCAAGUGUGGAUCCGUGACAGUGAGAAUGGUGCCGGCUCCACGUGGUGCCGGGAUAGUCGCUGCUCGGGUCCCCAAGAAGGUUCUGCAGUUUGCUGGGAUAGAGGAUGUGUUCACCUCCUCCAGGGGUUCCACGAAGACACUCGGGAAUUUCGUUAAGGCCACCUUUGAUUGUCUUUUGAAGACCUAUGGAUUCUUGACUCCUGACUUUUGGAGGGAGACCCGCUUCACCAAGUCGCCUUUCCAGGAGUACACUGAUCUAUUGGGGAAACCAACAAAAGUCCUAAUUGAAGAUGCAGAGAGAGUUGAAGCUUGAUGCACAGAAACCAUUCCUGAGUAUUGAAGAUGGGAAUAUAGAGCCAAGAGUUUUGUGUUAAUUUCUUGUUAGGUUCUUAAGACUAUAAGUAUGCAUUAUUAUUAUUAUUUUUUUUUUGAUAGGCAAGACUAUAAGUAUGUUACUGUUUUGUUUAUGGUUUUGUUGAGGAUUUUUGGAUUAGGUAAUAACUUUUGCUGUUUUAAUCAAUUUGGAAAUGGAUAUGCAUUGUUUUCUUUUAAA